AUGUCGCUGAAGGAAUUGGCCAGUCUGGCGCCUUGGAACUGGGACCCACAGGCGGCAAAGCACCCGCCGAAGAGGGCAGCGCUGCAAGACUUUGAAAAGGAUACUGCACACCAGACACCGGCACCAGCUCCGACGCCGCGGGAGCGGCGUCGUUCGACAGCGCUGUCAGCUGCAAGCAAUUCGAUGGAAGUGGGCUGGGAAACGCCCAAUGCAAGUGGACUGGCCCGGAAGGCAGCUAGUGCAGAUCGUGCGCGCAGCCUACUAAAACGGAAGGCCAUCGAGCUGCAAACACCCGACUCACAGAAACAUCCCCCAACCCAGCAGCAGCCAUCAAGCAGCAGCCUGCAGACCCGCGACCGCCAACAAGACCGAGAUGCAGCACCUGACGCACGGGUCACCCCGGUCGCGGCACGGCCUACCGCGGUCCUUUGCCCUGCGCAGCAGCCAUCGCUGCAGCCGCAGCCACCACGGGCGAGGGCAGAGGCUGCCGGCGGUGGCGCCAGAGCCACGGAUGACAGAGACGGUACGGCGUGUGCUGCCGCGGACGACUCUACGCGCAAUAUCUGGAUGGCAGCAAACGAAGCAGUGCCGGCUGUGGGUCAGACGCCGGCGGCCACGCAGCGUGAUCUAGCCAUGCGGCCGCCUAGGUGGACUCCGGCAGGGUUGCGCGGCUCGGUAACGCAGCUGCAGCCAUCACCCGCAACUGGCCGCCGGGUUGAUUGGCAAGGUGAUGGGACUUGCGCUGUCGAUGGCGACGGUCGAACAUUUGAGGGGACCGUGGUAGGAUCCGCGGUGCAGCUGCCGUCGGCAGCGGCGCCGCCUACUACUGAUGCAGGGGUCACACCAUCGCUGCUCGCAUCCGCCGACGCCGCUGUCACUACCACUCAUGUUGUUGGAUCCGCUGAAGGUGCUGUGGAUGGGGGGUUGGCCGGAGUGGUGUCGGCGGCGCGGCAGCGGUCUAACUUGACGAGCCAAAGCCGCAGCGGCAGGGUUGAUGGCGGGCGUGCUGGCAGUCAGGGGCCGGCUUCCGCCCCUACAGGUGGAGCACGGGUCCAGCGGGGAUCUGCUUCUGGGCUGCCGUGGGCGAUGCGGCGUUACUCAAGAACCAUCAUUCUCCGCGAUCUUGACAUAAGGUUAAUAAUGGAGGAAGGCGGUGAGCGAACCGGCAGCAGCGCACAGAGCGAUGGGGAGGCCGCGGCACCGCAGGUAGGGGUGGGCGUUUCCGCAGCCACCGCGCUGCCACUGCCAACGGCCGAGGUAACUGCCGUUCAGGACGGAGCCGCCUUACAGGCCACUGCUGAUGCAGUACAUGUUGAUCCUGGCGCAACGGCGGCGGCUGGAGAGCUGCGGUUGGGGCAAUGCAGUGAAGGACAGCAGGAGGCGGCAACUGCUGCCGCGGUGCAGUCGGCGUCUUGCUGCCCAACGGUGCCAGCCUCUUGUGGCCGCGGAUCACAGCGCCAAUCGGCAGCGGUGCUCGCUGGUGUGUACAGCACACCUGGAGGCGUAACAGCACAAGGCAUGAUGAGGCCUGCUGGCCGACCAGCACCUGGGUCCGCAGGCAUGACAGACACUGGCCGUAGGACCGCCGCCGCCACGUUAACAAUGGGCGAGCCUUGCAGCAGCCCUGGCGGCAGCUCCGCCGACGCUAGGCUAGCGCUAUUGCCGCCGUCAGCUGCCGUUAACGAUAACCCUAGCUCCACUCCGCUCCGGAACCAGGCAGGUGCGCACAGCCGCGGUGAUGUCCACGGCUUGCUGUGGAGUGAUACCGGGCCCUCAGCCUCUGCCCUGGCAACGCGACUAAGUGUCGACGGACACACACCCUACAGCCGCGGUGACCGGCUCUGGUUGUCGCCUGCGUCGCGGCAGCGCCCGUCAGCCGCCCGCACCAUGCGUACGCCGCUGCAGCGGCACCUGUCCUCGUCAAGUCCAAUGCAACCGCCGCGCUUCGACCCCAGUCCUGCGAGCCGCAAGCAGCCUCAACAAGCACACAAAAUGCAACUGGAGCAGCAACAGCAGGAACAGGAGCACCUGGAUUGCGGUGGCGGGAAUGCUGCGGCCGUGCUUGCAGCUGCCAGCGUCGGCAAUCUAGAGGCAGCAGCUGCGUCCGGUAUAGCGGCUCGCCCGUCGCUGUUUAAGCUGACUCCCACUACCCACAGGCGCUUUGUCCUCCAGGGCUCCGUGGUGGAGGGCGUGUCGUCAGUUCAGCCCCGGAACAGCGCCACCAGCCCCAAGGAUCUGUCCAGCACCCCACCGUCCGACAUCACCACCACCACCACCACCACCCACCAGGCCCCUGCGCUAUGGCGGCCUCACAUCGGUGCGCAGGAUAACGGUCAGGGCUUCACGUCAGUUGCGGCGAAUGGACCCGGGCAAAGCCCGGUGUCGGGGGCGCACGAGGGCCAGGUCCUGUCCGCCCCUGCAGAUUUGUGUGGAUUGCUGCAGGCCACGGCAACCAUAAUAUCGCAGGGGCCGGUCCCUGAGGGCGCUGUGAGUCCAGGCCAGGCUAUGCCGGGUGGUCCUGAUGUCGAUGGUGGGUGUGCUACUGUCACCGGUGGGCAGCCGCUACACGGCGCAGAUCUCACGGCAUGUAAUGGUUCAAUGGGGAGGCAGCCCAUUCAAGGCGUGACGCCGCGUGCCGCGCUGGCGAUGCGACAGGGCUCCCAAGCGCCGCCUGCCGCCCUCCGCACACGCAAUGCUGAGGAGAAUGUGACGAUGGUGGUGCUGCCGGCUGGCGCAUGCUGCGGAUCACAGGGAUCAGAACACCAACGCGCCGCCUCGGCCGCUGCACGUGCCAUUAGAGCAGGAGCUGGGACCCCUGUGCCCCGUUUCGGCGUGAGCAGCACCACUGGUAUCUCCGGCUCUGCGGCUGGUGUAGGGUCACAGUACGGCGGUUUCGGAGCGCUGGACAAGGGCACCGUUCAGCGCGCUGUCACCCCAGCCAGGGAGAAUGCAGCCUCCUUGGACAGCCGGAUCCUGGCGCCCGCGGGGACAGCGAUGGAGGCCUCCCCUCCUCACCAGGCUAGGGACUCCAAGACUUCCUAUGACCCGUCAGGUGGCAGCCCGGCGGUUACGAUGAGCGGGCCGCGGCCGGGUGCCAACAUGGCAAUCACGGAGUCUGGGCACCACCAAACUCAUGCAGAGAAGGCAAUGGAGGAGAAAGAAGGUGGAGGCAUGGCUGCGGGUUUCGGAGCGGCCGCUGAUGGCGGAUGUUCGGCGGAGCUGCUUCGGCCUGCGAAACGGCAAGCAGUGGAGGCAGCGGCAGGGGGGUUAAACGCGGACGCGAUUAAAGUCUCCGCGCAAAUAGCCGCCAAGCCACCAGAGGUUGCGGUGUUUGCGACAGUCGCGAUGACAGAGCUUCAGGAAAUGCAAACGGAACAGCAGGCGCAGGUGACGCGGCAGUCCUUUGAUUCACCCGAUGUGGCUGGAGGGGGCCUCGCUGGGGACGCGGUGGGCUCCCCAAAGCACGCCGCCGAAGCAAAGACACCGACCGGGAAGGCGAGUGCCAAAGGGGACGCGGCGUCAGCAGCGGCCAUGGGGGAGGUUUCACCUGGCGGGGUUUGUACUGAGCAGCCUUCCCUGCCCCACGUGACACUGACUCAGCAGCAGCUGGUCGUGCUGGAUCAGCUGUUGACGUUCUUCCGAGCUACAGGGUGCCGGCACCCUUCGGCCAUGUCGGCUGCGGAGCUGGUGGCGGCUAUAUCCAGUUUCUGUCAGUCCGCCGGCAUCCCGGUAGUUCCGUCCAACAUCCAGACACUUGCCUCUUGGUUGGGUACUCUCAUGGCACUGGAGAAGCCCGUCAAGGCAUACGCCCAGGCGCAGGCCCUGGCACUGGCGCGUGCUCGAGCCCAGGAUCAACAGCAGCAAUCCGAAAACCCCGAGCUGCCGCAGCCACCGGUACAGCCGCCGCCGCAACAGCCGCCGGAACAGCAGCAGGCUCGGACCGAGCCAUCGCCGGAGCAUCAGCUGCAGCAACAGCAACAGCAGGAACAGCUGCCGCAGCCUGCUGCGGGUGCACUUGCACACGAAUCUGAGCCCGGCGGUGCUGUGUCUGCGAAAGUACAAGCGGGCCAAGACGACAGCCAACCGGCAGGAGGAGCAGCAGGAGAUG